GGUUUGCAAAUCCGCCCCGCCCCCUCGACCAGCAGCACCCCCACCACCAGGGCCGAGGCCUGCUCCGAAGCCGCCGCGCUUGCAGUUCCGGCGGGGCCGAUUGUAGUGUGUUGGCGCUCCUCUCCGUUGCCGGUUGCGGCCUGCCCUGGCACCAUGGGCGAGCACCGGGCUUGCUGCGAGUCUGGCGGAGCUGCUAGGCCGGAGGGCGAGGAGAGAUUUUCUCCUGAUGCUGCUGAAAAUGGGUUUAAGUCAAAUGAGGAACCUCUCUUAAGAAAAAAUCCCCGCCGAUUUGUCAUUUUCCCAAUCCAGUAUCCUGACAUAUGGAAAAUGUACAAGAAAGCGCAAGCUUCCUUCUGGACAGCAGAAGAAGUUGAUUUAUCAAAGGAUCUCCCUCACUGGAACAAGCUGAAACCAGAAGAAAAGUACUUCAUUUCACAUAUCUUGGCUUUUUUUGCAGCCAGUGAUGGAAUAGUGAAUGAAAAUCUGGUAGAGCGUUUUAGUCAAGAGGUGCAGGUUCCAGAGGCUCGCUGUUUCUACGGCUUCCAGAUACUAAUAGAAAAUGUUCACUCAGAGAUGUAUAGUUUGUUAAUAGACACUUACAUUAAGGACCCUGAGCAAAGGGAUUUUUUAUUCAAUGCUGUUGAAACACUGCCUUGUGUCAAGAAGAAAGCUGACUGGGCACUGAGAUGGAUAAAAGACAGGGAAGCUACUUUCGGAGAGAGAGUGGUUGCUUUUGCUGCUGUUGAAGGGAUCUUCUUCUCUGGUGCCUUUGCAGCCAUAUUUUGGCUCAAGAAAAGAGGACUGAUGCCCGGGCUGACUUUUUCCAACGAACUCAUUAGCAGAGAUGAAGGUCUCCAUUGUGACUUUGCCUGCUUAAUGUUUCAAUAUCUAGUGAAUAAACCUUCUGAGAAAAGAGUCAAAGAAAUCAUUGUCAAUGCAGUUGAAAUUGAACAGGAGUUCUUAACAGAGGCCCUACCGGUUGGCUUGAUUGGAAUGAAUUGUACUCUGAUGAAACGGUAUAUUGAGUUUGUGGCAGACCGGUUGCUUCUGGAACUAGGCUUCUCCAAGGUCUUUCAAGCUGAAAACCCCUUUGACUUUAUGGAGAACAUCUCACUGGAAGGAAAAACCAAUUUCUUCGAGAAGAGAGUUGCAGAAUAUCAGCGCUUUGCAGUGAUGACUGAAAUGAAUGAUAAUGUUUUUACUUUAGAUGCUGAUUUCUAGUCUUGUGGGAGGGGGACAUCUGGCUGAAAUGUGCCGUUUCUUCAGCUGGAUGUGGUGUGUUGUGAGAAGCCUGGCUGUAGCAUGCCAGAGAUCUGGGAUAUAGAAGAUUCUGCCAGUUCUGGGAAGAGUCCGUGAUGCCAGCUGCUAAGCAAGGAUUCCAGAACAUUAUUCGACAUCGAUGUAUUCAGAGUAUUAAACAUUCCUGGAAUAACUAAGUCUAACCCUUUUUUUAAAAUAUCAGGGCUUAGCAGUGAGGUGGAGGCAUGGCUGGGGUGAAGCCAGCUGG